ACCAAACCUCUGCUUUCACUCUCACCCACCCUUAGCUUGGAGAUCCUGCAGAUUGCUAAAGCUGGAUCUCACCUGUGUGUACAACGUUUUGCUCUCCUCACUGCCCUUUUAACCACCUGCAUUCUGCACGGACCUGUACAAACUGCAUGGACAGACAUACACACACACGCCCGGAGCCAGCUCUCUAACCUCUCUGGUUACACCCAUCCAAGCCCCUCCCUUCUUCACAUCUGGGACUGUAGAGCAGCGAGGCACAGUCAGCCAGCCAGCUGACACAUCAGCCCAACGAUCCUGUUUCCCCCACAGCAGCCCAGCGCCAGGAGCGCCACUCAACCAGGAAGUUCUGACCAAAGAGCAUCUGACCUGACAGCGACUCAGAGGAUCCUGCAGGAGCCCGGAUUCCAAAACCAACCCCGGUUAACUGCACAGAACGAAAACAGUGACAGGCGGGAUGCCAUUGGGUGGAGGCAACAAGUGUGGCUGCUGCCAGAAGACGGUGUAUUUUGCCGAAGAAGUACAAUGUGAGGGGCGGAGCUUCCACAGAUCCUGCUUCCUGUGCUUGGUGUGCCGGAAGAACCUGGACAGUACUACAGUGGCCGUUAACAUGGAUGAGAUUUACUGCAAGGCCUGCUAUGGCAAAAAGUAUGGUCCCAAAGGCUACGGCUAUGGCCAGGGAGCUGGGACCCUGUCGAUGGAUAAGGGGGAGUCACUGGGCAUCACCCACGCUGAGCCAGCCCCUCACCAACCCACCAACAUCCCAAACCCCUCGAAAUUGGCUCAGAGGUUUGGAGGGUCCGACGUGUGUCCUCGCUGCAGCAAGGCUGUCUAUGCUGCUGAGAAGGUGGUGGGGGCUGGGAACGCCUGGCAUAAAAGCUGUUUCCGCUGUGCCAAGUGUGGGAAAGGCCUGGAGUCUACCACUUUAGCUGACAAGGAUGGAGAAAUCUACUGCAAAGGGUGUUAUGCCAAGAACUUUGGCCCCAAGGGCUUUGGCUAUGGACAGGGUGCUGGCGCACUUGCACAUGCUCAGUAGAGACUUGUACAGCAGACAGUGGAGAGAGGGCCGUCCACACAGCCGUGUCCGCACAGCAGUCAAGACAGAAUCUUACUUUGUGUAUGGCAUUGUGUGAAGGUAGGGAAGUGAGGGAAAAGGUCCGUUUGAGGCUCUGUCUCAAUGACAUGCCACAGAGAGAGGACCAACUGCCCCCAACUUUUUGCUGCCCCUCGCCUCCCCCUUUUUUUCUCUUUUGCUCUUUCUCCCACCUCUAGGGGGAAGAUGAGAACAAAAACUGCAAAAAAAUCCUCAGAUCAUGAACAUACAUUUGAUCAGUUUGCCUUCACAUAGAAUUAUAGCAAAUACCAUCAUGCUUUGAAAUAGCUCAGAAUAGAUGUAUAGAUUAUUUGAAACUGUAAUAUGUUAUGAUAUGAUGCUUGAUCUGAGCUCCCUCGUUCCUGCCUCAAGUGUUACUCUCAUGUUUCUCCCUUCAGCUCAGUUUAGCCCAUAAAACUACUGUUAGUGAUGAUUGGCAUGCAUGCAUACAAAAUUGUAUUAAACACACAAAUAUGUCAGAUAACGGUUCAAUAAAAUGUAUUCCAACA